CCUCGCGCGCCAGUUUGGCCCAGUCUUUGUAAUUGGGCAGCCCCAGGAACAUACAGGCGUCGCCAGCGCCGCCGCCGGAAGCUGUCGGACGCCGCACGCCGUCGAAGUGAUACAGUAAAAGCGAGAACCAAUGGAGGAGGGCCAGCAGGAGCAGGGCAGCCCCAAGGCGUGCGCGGUGUGCGAGAAGGAGGCCAAGUUCCAUUGCGCGCGCUGCCAGGGUGAAGUAAUCGCGCGGUACUGCUCACGCGAGUGCCAGCGCCAACAUUGGCCGAGGCACAAGAACGUCUGCGGCAGCGAUGAUCCCUGCCCGCUGUGCUUGGAAAGAGCCGAGGACGACGGCGCUCAUGUCCUCUGUUUCGCGUGCGGCUUCGCGUCCUGCGAGAGUUGUAAGGCGAAGUGGGUCCAAGGCUAUUGCCCAUCUUGUAAAGCGGACCAGGUCGAGGUUAAAGAUAAAGCAUGCCUGCUUCAGAAGGUCCUGGAGGCGAAGCCGGACCAUACGAUUGCGAACUAUCGGCUCGGGUUGUACUAUCUGCGCGGCCAGGAGGGCGUCGCCCUGGACCGGGAGAAGGCCUUGUUUCACCUCGAGCGGGCCUUCGAGAAGGGCAUCGCGGAUGCAGGUAUCCCCAUCUACAAUAUCCGCAAGGAUCGGGGCGAGGUGGCCCUGGGCUGGCUCGCGAAAGCCCUGCGGUCGCCGAAGCUGAGCGCCGGUAAUAGGGCGAGCGUCGAGCGCGACUUGAGGCCGAUGCUCGAUGCUAUGGAAAAGGCGGGGCAGAUUGCUGAAGGCCUGUCGAUCGCGGAGUUCCUGGACAACGUCGAGGGCAUGAUGAAUCUGCCGCCCCCGCCGCCUUCGGCCGGCGCGCCGGCUCCGGCGGCGCCGCCCCCCGCGCCCGGUGCGGCCGAAAAGCAGGCCGCCGCCGCGCAAGAGGAGAUCGAGCGCCUCCGGAGCGCCCACGCCGACGCGCAGAAGCGCAUGGAGCAGCUCACGGCCGAGCCGCCGUCGUCCGUGUUCUUGACCGGAGACUAA